AAAUAUACUAUAUUCAUGCACAGAUAUUGUCUCCCUUGUUGCGCGUGAACUCACCAAGUAAAACCCCUCCAAUAUUCUAUUCUUACAAAUCUAGAGAGAGAUGGGGGUGGUGAUGGUGGCGGUGUGGUGUGGUGGAGCUGAGCUAAGCUGGGCCUGGGGCUGCAGUUUUUGCUGAUCUCAAGGCAUUGGUUUCUUCUUUCUUUAUUUCUUUUUCUCUUUCGCUAUCAAACCUUCGAUUGAAAAAGAAAACCAAAGACCAAAACUUUGGUUCAAGUCUCGUUCUUUUUUUCUUAUGAGUUUAGUUUGAGUUCAAAGCAAGAAACCAGCAAAAAACAGUGCAAGAGAGAGAAAGAGAGGCUGCAAAGCCCGAUGAUACAGUAAACCCGAGAAAGAAGAAAAAGGUUUGGAAAUUGAGGCAAAUGUCGUCCAUGCCCAGCUCGAGGCAAACCUUCUUCUUCUACUCUUCUCCUUCGUUAUACUCUGUUUUUCUAUGCCUCCUCACGCUCCUUCACGCUCCUACUACCAUAGCCGCAAACCACGAAGCUUCUCUCCUAUUAUCAUGGCUCCAACCCUCUUCUUCUUCUUUCUUCAACUGGAAUGUUCAAGACCAAAAUCCAUGUAAAUGGACCGCCAUAACAUGCUCUCCUGAAGGUUUCGUCACUGAUGUCAAUAUAAACUCUGUACCACUUCACCUUCCAUUGCUUUCGAACCUUUCUUCCUUUAAGUCCCUGAGAAGACUCGUCAUUUCAGAUGCCAACCUCACCGAACACAUACCGGAGGAUAUUGGAGACUGUACGGAGCUUAGAGUCAUCGACCUUAGCUCGAACAGUCUCGUGGGUUCGAUUCCUCGGAGUGUUGGGAGGCUUCGAUAUCUCCAGGACUUGAUUCUGGACUCGAAUCAGCUCACUGGGAAGAUCCCAGUUGAGCUCGGUGACUGUGUUGAGCUAAAGAAUCUUCUUCUUUAUGAUAAUCGGUUAAGUGGGCCUAUACCGACCCAACUCGGGAAACUGACCGGACUGGAAGUUAUUCGGGCCGGAGGGAAUGAAGACAUUGUCGGAAGAAUUCCAGAUGAGCUCGGUGACUGUGCUAACUUGACGGUUUUGGGGCUUGCCGAUACCGGAAUUUCGGGCACGUUGCCAGCUUCACUGGGGCGGCUAAGCAAGCUUCAGACUCUGUCUAUUUACACCACCAUGAUCUCUGGCGAAAUCCCACCUGAGAUAGGUAACUGUUCUGAGUUAGUGAGCUUGUUUUUGUAUGAAAAUAGUUUGUCUGGUUCGAUACCUCCGGAGCUCGGUAAGCUCCAGAAGCUUGAGCAACUGUUUUUAUGGCAGAACGGUCUUGUUGGGGCAAUCCCAGAAGAGAUUGGGAACUGUAUUAGCUUGACAAAUAUCGAUCUUUCUUUGAACUCAAUCUCUGGUACAAUUCCAUUAUCAUUAGGAAAGCUUUCUGAGCUUAUUGAGUUUAUGAUUAGUAACAACAAUGUUUCGGGUUCGAUACCUCCAAAUCUUUCAAACGCUACUAAACUAGAACAGUUGCAGCUUGAUACUAAUCAAAUUUCGGGUCUGAUCCCACCAGAGCUUGGAAAAUUGUCUAGGCUUAAUGUGUUCUUCGCUUGGCAAAACCAGCUCGAGGGAAGCAUUCCUUCAUCUUUGGCGAGCUGUACUAGUCUUCAGGCUUUGGACUUGUCCCACAACUACCUCACCGGUACCAUUCCUCCAGGCUUGUUUCAGCUUCGGAACCUUACCAAGUUUCUCUUGAUUGACAAUGAUAUUUCGGGUUCGAUACCGCCUGAUAUAGGCAACUGCAGCUCUCUUGUUAGACUCCGGCUUGGGAACAACCGUAUUUCUGGUGGCAUACCUGCAGCAAUUGGAGGACUAAAGAGCUUAAACUUUCUUGAUCUCUCUACGAAUCGCCUUUCCGGUAUGGUACCGGAUGAGAUUGGAAGCUGCACAGAGUUACAGAUGAUAGACCUUAGUAACAACACAUUGGAAGGUCCUUUGCCUCAUACAUUGUCCUCUCUAUCAGGGCUUCAGGUGUUGGACUUUUCAUCCAAUCGAUUUUCGGGUCAGAUACCUGCUAGUUUUGGUCGUUUGGUUUCGUUGAACAAGCUCAUUUUAACUAGGAAUUCAUUCUCUGGAACAAUACCUUUGUCUCUUGGCCUUUGUUUGAGUCUGCAAUUGCUUGAUCUUAGCAGCAAUGAGCUAACAGGCUCCAUACCAGUCGAAUUGGGUCGAAUUGAAGCUCUUGAAAUAGCUCUUAAUUUGAGCUGCAAUGGACUUUCAGGACCAAUCCCAUCUCAGAUAUCUGCUCUCACCAAGCUUUCCAUACUUGAUCUCUCACAUAACAAGCUUGAGGGUGAUUUGAAUCCAUUAGGAGGGCUUGAUAAUCUUGUCUCUCUUAAUGUUUCUUACAAUAACUUCACUGGUUAUCUUCCAGACAACAAGCUCUUCAGGCAGUUAUCUCCAACUGAUUUGGAAGGAAACAAAGGGCUUUGCUCUUCAAUUUCGAUAAGAGAAUCAUGUUUUCUAAGCGAUGUAGACAGAAAUGGACUAGCGAGAAGCGAAUAUGAAACAAAGCGGUCAAGGAGACUUAAGCUGGCACUAGCUCUGCUGAUCACACUGACCAUAGCAAUGGUGGUAAUGGGAGUAAUUGCGAUGAUAAGAGCACGAAGAACAAUCAGAGAUGGCGAUGAUGAUUCAGAAUUGGGAGACUCGUGGCCAUGGCAAUUUACUCCAUUCCAGAAGCUCAACUUCUCAGUUGAUGAAAUACUGAGAUGUCUAGUGGACACAAAUGUAAUAGGCAAAGGUUGUUCUGGGGUUGUUUACAGGGCUGAUAUGCAAAAUGGCGAUGUUAUAGCAGUGAAGAAGCUCUGGCCUGCUACAGCAGCUGCAGCCACCACAGGUUUUGUUGAUGAAAAGUCUGGUGUUCGCGACUCAUUCUCAGCUGAGGUGAAGACUCUUGGCUCAAUCCGCCAUAAGAACAUUGUUAGGUUUCUCGGUUGUUGCUGGAAUCGAAACACAAGGCUGCUCAUGUAUGAUUACAUGCCUAAUGGGAGCUUAGGCAGUAUUCUCCAUGAGAGGACAGGAAGUAAUGGCUUGGAGUGGGAGCUUAGGUACCAGAUUUUGCUUGGUGCAGCUCAAGGACUUGCUUAUCUCCACCAUGAUUGUGUUCCUCCAAUAGUUCAUAGGGACAUCAAGGCCAAUAACAUUCUUAUUGGUCUUGAAUUCGAGCCUUAUAUUGCUGAUUUUGGACUAGCUAAGCUGGUUGAUGAUGGCGAUUUUGCUCGAUCCUCCAACACAGUGGCUGGUUCCUAUGGAUACAUUGCCCCAGAAUAUGGCUACAUGAUGAAGAUAACAGAAAAGAGCGAUGUUUAUAGCUAUGGCGUGGUGGUGUUAGAAGUCUUGACAGGCAAGCAACCGAUCGAUCCAACGAUACCAGAUGGGCUACAUGUAGUGGAUUGGGUUAGACAAAAGAGGGGAGGGAUUGAAGUGUUGGACCCAAGCUUGCUUUCAAGAUCAGAAUCAGAGAUAGAGGAGAUGAUGCAGGCUUUAGGCAUAGCCUUGUUAUGUGUAAACUCAGCCCCAGAUGAAAGGCCAACCAUGAAAGAUGUCUCAGCAAUGCUCAAAGAGAUCAAGCAUGAAAGAGAAGAGUAUGCUAAAGUUGAUAUGCUUCUCAAAGGCUCUCCUGCCCAAGAAAAUAAGAACUAUAGCUCUAAUAAUGGAGCCUUGGGAACUUCAUCUUCAGCAGCUGCAGCCAUGGCAAUGCAAAAAUUGUUCCCAAAAAGCAAUAACACAAGCUUCUCUGCUUCCUCACUUCUUUACUCUUCUACUUCCUCUAAUGUCAAAAUGGGUUUGAAGUAAUUAAGUUAUUGUAUAAGUCAUCAAAUUUGUCAUUGUUUUCAUUAGCUUUCUUCUUCUUCUUUUCUUUGUUGUAGUCUUUGUUUCUAUUGAUGUAAAGAUAAAAAGUUUAUAUGUGUAAUAAACUGGAUUCAGUGCAAGAAAAAAAAAAUAGGCCAAUAGAAGAGUGCAAGGUUCUUUUUUGCCUUCUCUCUUUGUUAUCAUUGUUAAAAAAACCAAGUAUUUUUAGCAUAAAUGCUCUGAAUUUUUUACUA